GGGCUGUUGUGCGUUUGAACGAGCUCCGCCCCGAGCCGGCCGUGGGAGUUGGGGAGGGGCCGCCCGGGGACUCGAGCCCGUGCGGCUGGGGCGGCCGAUCCCGCAGGAGCCUCCUGUCGCGCGCGGCUCCGCUCCGUGCCCAGGCCGCUGAUCCCCAGCCCGGGCUAGAGGCUCUUCCACGGGGUCAGGCGAGACGCGACGCCCUAGGGCCCGGCCCCGCCUUCAGAUUCAAGCUGGUAUCUCCAUGAAUAAUUUAAAUGAUCCUCCACAAUGGAACAUCCAGCCUAAUCAAAGAAACGGUGAUGGUGAUGGAAGCAAAUGGAAUUAUGCUUUGUUGGUUCCCAUGCUGGGAUUGGCUGCAUUUCGUUGGAUAUGGUCAAGAGAAUCCCAAAAAGAAAUAGAAAAAGAGAAAAGAGACUAUUACACCAGACUGGCAUCUCUACAAAGAGAUCUUGAAUCAAAGUACCGUGACAUAAUUGCAGAAAAUCGCCGUGCAGUAGCUCACCUGGAGUUAGAGCUUGAAAAAGAGCACAACAGAACCCUAAGUUACCGUGAAGCUCUCAUCUCCCAGAGUCACAAAUUGGUGCAGGAGAGAAGAAUUCUAGAACAGGAUCGUGAAAAGUUAGAGCAAGAAAAACAUGUUCUGCUGCACUCAGGGGCAGUAGGUGCAUUGUACCAGAGCUGUCUGGCAAAGGAAGAAGAAUGGCAAAAGAGAGCCAAUGUUUUACUAAAAGAAUUUGAAGAAGCCCUUAAGGAAAGGCAAGAAAUCUACUGCAGUCUCAUGCUGCCCAGAAACCAGCGACUUGAAAUAGAGAAAAAUUUGCUUAUCAGAGCAGCAACUGAUCCUGUUGCUGCAGACAUAGAGAUGGAAAGUGGUUUAAGGGAGAUUUUUAAACAUGAUACAUACUGUGGCAAUUUACUAAACAAGAACAAAAGUCAGAAUGGAAGAUUAAUGUGGCUCUAUCUCAGAUAUUGGGCACUAACUGUUGAACUACAGAAGUUCAAGAGGGUAGAAAAAGUUAUAUUGGAGAAGUCAUGAGUUGGAGGGAAGCAAUGAUAUUUCAUGCACUAUACAGAUAUAAUGUAGAUCAAUUCACUAGUAUUCUGAAGCUGGUAAUUUCUAUAGCAUAGCCCUCUAUUUUUCCCUCCUUGUUAUCACAGUUAUGUGAGGGCAUCUCCUGUGUCAAUGCCUUUCCCUCAGUUGGCCAAAUGCUCAGUGAGCAGUUUUCUUAACCAUAAGAGCAUGUGAACUAGCUCUGCUUUUGGAAGCAAUCUAGGUACAGCAGCAUGGAGCUCUUCACAGGCUAAUAUACUUUGUUGACUGUCACCCCUGUUAACUGCAAAAUGUACUUUGUUUUUCUGAUCCUAAGUGGCACGCUGUCCUGAUUUCCUGCGUAGCAGUUUUCCACUGGCUUUCUUCAGUUAGGCUAACCUGAGGAAAAUAUUUGGAAGAAACUGGGGUUUCUUGUCUCACUUUACAGGUGUUGGAGGCCUUUGCUGGGUCAGUGGGGAAAUAAAUAUACAAAUCAUGUUUCAAAUUA